AAGGAAGUGCUGCCGUGGGCCACUCCUCCUCGCCAUUUCCUCUCCGCGGUCGGGUUUUUAUACGGAUGAGAGAGAGGGGGGCAGAGGAGCAGCCGGCCCGGCCGAGGCCAGAGCCCGGGCUCGGCGGCCGAAGGGGAGCAGCAGUGGCCGGCCCCGAGGGAGACGCUAAAGAGGAUGAUGUGAAUGGGCUGCAAGAACCAGGCGAGAUGGACGGAGAGCUGCCCUGCGCUGAGGUGGAUGGAGAAGUGUCCUCUGCCCCGGAGGAUCUGGGAGGAGAGACGCCCCGUGCGGAGAGCGAUACCGAAGGAGAAGCUUCCUCUGCUGACAGCGAAGCAGAAGGAGAAAUUCCUUGUGCUGAGACCGACACAAAAGAAGAGGCACCUUGUGCUGAGAGCAGCGUGGAAGGAGAACUGCCCAGCAUUGACAGCAGUGGGGAAGGGGAGAUGCCCUGUGCCGAGAGUGAUGUGAAAGGUGAAGCAUCUUGUGAUGAGAGUGAUGGGGAAGAAGUACCAGACACUGAAAUCCCUGUUGCUUCCAAGAAAAUGUCUUCUAUUUCUUCUCCCUUACGGGCCAUCAUCCGCCUGCGACGGCGAUACCGGGUGCAAAAGAAAAGCCGUCUGCAUUUAGAGCUCCCUCGAGAAAAAUCUCCAGAGCUUGCCCACGCGAGGCUGCUUCAGAGGCAGCUUUCCCUCAGCCGAACUGGCCUGUACGGCCCUUCCAUGUCCUUCCUUAACCAGAGCAGCUUUGAAACCUCCCAGUACUUCACCUUUGACACGUCUGUAGAACAGUAUGCCAUGAAAAAAUGCAAGCGGAAAAAGAAUCGAAGGAAAUCGAGAAUAGUCUUGUAUCCAGAUAAAACAAAACGAUACCUUCCAGCGGAGGAGAAGAGCAAGGCAAAACGCUGCCUCCUCUUGCUCAUUGUCAUUAUCUUCUUCCAAAUUCUCAAUGCAAUAGAGAACCUGGAUGACAACCUCCAAAAAUACGACCUGGAUGGUUUGGAGAAAACAAUGCACCGGGAAGUAUUUGGGCAGAAGGUUGCUGUGGAAAGUAUUAUGGAAUUACUGAAAGACUAUCUGGCUACCCACAUACACAACAAGCCUCUAGUGAUCUCUUUAAAUGGCCCGACAGGAGUUGGGAAGAGUCAUGUUGGCUGGCUGCUGGCCAAACAUUUUCGUUCCGUCAUGGACAAUGACUUUGUGCUUCAGUACUUUGUCAUGCAUCACUGCCCCAACGGGGUGGCUCCUCUCACUUGCGAAAUAGAUUUGUCCCAGAAGAUUUCUGACAUGGUUACAAGAGCUGAAAUAGAAGAGAAGAUACCAUUGUUUAUUCUGGAUGAGGUUGAACUCAUGUCUCCAGUCCUGCUGGAUACUCUCAGCCGAUUCUUUGAACCCAAUCAGACUAAUGAGUUCCUCAAUGCCAUCUACAUUUUAAUAAGCAACAUAGGAGGUGGUGAAAUAACAAAGUUUGUCAUCCAGAAUGCAUCCGCCGAGCUUUUGCAGCAGCAAAGGGGAGUUGAAGAACUGCUGAGCAUCGUCCAGCCUGUACUGAUCGAUGCCCACCCCCUCUGGAAAUCGGCAGACGUCGUCCCUUUUGUUCUUCUGGAGAAGAGUCACGUCAUAAACUGCUUCCUAGAGGAGAUGAGGAGGGAAGGGCUGUAUCCUGACCAGAAGCACAUUGAAAGUUUAGCGAGUCAGCUCAGUUACUACACUACAGGGGACAAGCAGUACUCCAGGACGGGCUGCAAGCAGGUUGUGGCCAAAGUCAACCUGCUAUAGUGAUGAUUUACUGAAGAGACCGAGUCCUGCUCUCAGGAUUCACACAGUUCUGGGUUUAUGGAGGAGUACAUCACAGCAGACUGUGGUCAAGGUGUCCUGUCUCAGGCCUGCACUGACUGUCCUGGUCGAGGUAGAGGGACGGAAGCCCGGGCUCCUCUGCAACAUGGUCUCUGUUCUCCUCCAGAUGCUUCACUUGUUCCUAAUGUUCUGUGAAUAGGUCAUGGGCAGCAAAGCCCAAGCGACCUCCCGUAAAUUGUGAGAUGCUUUGUUCUUCCUCACACACUCAUUUGGGACACUUUGUCAUUAAGGGGUUGUGAGAUGAGACCAGACGCUGUGGGAUACAAACAGGAGGAGGAAAUAGUAACUGGGUUACCAUUCCUGCAGUACAGGUAGCCGUGUCUCACUCCUUCUCCGGGCUCACAGUCUUCAGCUCUUGGUUUUCUUGGUCCUGGCUGGUGAUGUGCAGAGCAGAGGCUGUGUGGGAUGCCUGGAAGAAUUGAUAGAAUCUAUGGCUCCUCAUCCCCAAAAUGCGUGGGCAGUCAGAGCUCUGCUCUCUCCAGCUCCUACGUGACCGCGUGCUCCAGAGACUGCUUUUUUGGACCCGUUCCUGAGAUCUUCUGAGCUCAUACCUGAGCUCACCUUUGGCACCUCCAGCGAGAUUUCUGCCCUGCAAGUCUGUUUGGGCUCGUCUUGAAGACUCUGGGCUGUGCCAGUCGGUGCAGAAAUAACCGCUGGAUUGUUUCAGGUCUGGUGGUGGCAACUUAUCCCGGGAGCUCUUCUGCUUUUUGCUUCUGGGUACACUUCACCACGCUCAUUAUCUAGAAGGCCCAAAAUAGCAACUGACAUAUAUUAAGCAACACACACUGGAAAAGACAGUUUGGGCUGUCUGGGCUGAGAGCAGUGGGAAUCCUGGGCUUGUUCCCCGUCCUGUGGGGCCAAGAAAGAGGUUCUUUGCCAUGAAGACCCCAGGGAGAACGUGCUGCCUGGAAGCACCUCAGGAAAAGCACAUGUCCUUGUUGUGAGCAGGCAAACUGAGCAGAUAUUUAUGAUGUUGCCUUUUCAGAUUUUGGUUUUGUGCCUUAAUCCCCUUCCGCAAGUUGCUGUGAAUUACCUUAUCCUUAAUCCUGUGGAUGUUUGCACUGGUUGUUUGAUUUGCCUCUUUCUAAUUAUUGGUUUCCAAAGACUUCCGUUGCAAACUCCUGCUUCCAGAGCUAUUGUCAGGAAUAAAUCCAAACUACCCUGAAUAAAACCAUUCAAAGUACUUUA